AUGACGUUCAAUCCUUCACCAUGGGCCUCCGUAAAGUGGACAGAGGCGGAGGAAAAUAGACUUUGGAGCCUGAGAGCCAUUUACGGGAACUGUACCUGGGGUGAGUUUGCGAAGUUAGGAUUCUUUCCCGGCCGGUCGACUGGAGCUAUCAGCCGCAAGUAUUAUGCGUUGCGUGACGAGAGCAGCGAGGCUCGUACUAGACAACCGGCGAGCAUAUUAUCUCGCACAACAUUGUGCGGUAGAGCUUCCGCAAAACGAUUCAUGGAACCCAACCUCGUGAUACCAGAUCCUCGCCCACAAAAGCGACCGACUCUACGUGAUGAAAAUGGCCAGUAUCCAGCAAUCCAUACUGAUCGCCCCCGUGAGAUCACAGCGACUUCGGUAAAUCGUUCUGCCUCUUCCCGUAACACCAUGUUCCCAACCAGAACGGAAACUGCGUACCCUGUCGAGAACGGCAAUAUGACUGAUCCUGAGGCGAGCGAUGACCCUGGAGAUAUCGAGUUUGAUGGGAGCACACGACGGCUGCAUCGCGGACGUCGAUCUCAAGGGACCAACGGCAGUCCUUCGCGCAGAUCCCAGAUCACAGCGAGCCCCAGCCAAUCCCCAAGCACCCGCCCGCCCCCGAUCUCUCAUCCAGCACGUUGGUGUUGGGAAUCGAGUUCCCCUUCUCCAAGACAUCGGCAACGGCAUCCAUCACCAGCCAUGAAGGUUCAGGAAGUUGAUGAUUUCGAAAGCUCAGGCAACGCAAAUUCUGAGACUGUUCACACACCGGAGAAUGCCCAUACUAUUUCCCAGGUACUAGACCGCUUUCUCGAGAUUGACUCGAGUGAUGGUCGCGCUUGCCUUCCCCCAGACCCUGCCGUUCAUGCUCAGCCUGCCAGAAUCAGUUUUCAACUACCAGCCUCCAGUGCAAACUCAUCAGGACCAAAGCGCGUCAUGACUUCAAUUCCAGUUUACCGAAAUUCACUUGAGGAACUGACGAGUGCAUCAAACCCAAAUCCUGUCAAGCCCUCACACACCCCAGCAUUUACGACGCCGAAUCCAAGCCCACCAGAAACCACUGCAGAGAAACUGAACAAAGAGCCGAGAACAGUGGCGAACAUAGAACAACCUACCUCUCGAAGGCCUGCAGGAAAUACCCGCUGCCUUAUUGAUGCCGCCGAAAAGGUAGUUCAAUGUGCCAGAUUCCUCGACCAUGACAAUGAGUCGCGCACCCGGUGA